GGCCGCCGCCACCAGUCGUGCUGUCGGCUGCAUCGACGAACAAUCGCGCGCUCUCUCUCUCUCUCUCUCUCUCUCUCUCGUCGAUCUUUUUCUCUCUCUUUCUUUUUUCUCUCCUUCUCUCUGUUUCCUUUUCCCCCCUCUCACCUCCCUUUUAUAUCUCUCGCUCUCCCAGUGUACUCACUCUGUGUAUCUCUUCGCGCUCACUCUCCCAUUCUCCCUCGCCUUUACCCUCCUUGUCCUUCAUGUCCCUCCGCCGCGUUAAAUGCAGCCGACUGCGUAGCGUUAAUCCUCGGGAUCGCUCGCCAAUGACGCGGUGAUAACGCCGCGACACGGCGCCGAUAAGAGACGGUGUGACACGGUGACACAGUGAAGGAGAGCGGUGUGCGGUGUUAUACUUCGCGGCGGAUUCGCGUCGAUCGCGAUCGGUCGGGAUCGCAAGGCUCGAGAUCGGAUCAGUGAGUUGCAGGAAGAGGAGAGAGUCGACGAGGAGGAUCAUCCUCGAGAUUCGUCCGGUUCCGCUUAGUCCGCGCGAAAUCGGCCAAGUUCUUCUCCCAUCGACGAGAAUCGAGGCGGACACGUCCUCUACUUACCGGUCGCGGUCUUCUUCCGCCUAGUUUCUCGGCUAAGAGUUAAAGAACACGAUGAAGUGUCCGAGAGUCGACUUCGCGCUCGGUGGAGCGUGAGAGAGCGCGAGGGCUGUCCGAGGGGUGGAGGGAAGGGAGAUAGAUCUCACGGAGAUUGCCGCUGUCAAAUGUUGCUGGGCGCGAUCGAAAAAUGACGACCACCCACGGCGGCCACGUGUACUACGUGAUUAAGGUGCCCAAGGACACCGACGGCAACGAGAGCACGGACAGCGGCUGGGACAACCCGUUCAGGCCGGACGGCGACCUCUCCAGGGAAGCUGACGAGAUCGUGGAGCUGAUAAAGGGCGGGAAGCCGAUCACGCCGACCCCGGGUCAGAACGCGCCGCCGUUGCCGGGAUGCGAGGCCGGCAGCAAAACGUCGGCCGGCGGCGAGCACGAUCCCUCGAGUACCAGCCCGCUCCUCAAGUCCGCGAAUUGCCACGCCAACUCGUCGCCGAGGCCCGGCCAAGAAAACGGCAAUGCUCACGGCACCCCAGCUAAGGUCGCUAAUGUCAGCAAUCAGCAGGCCGUCAAUGAAAAGGUCGGCGCGGCGAGGACCGCGACCGUGGAGGUCGCAAGGAUGACGGCGCAGGGCCCGGGUGACGCGUCGCAGGUCGAGCACGUCACCUUGAAGAAGAAGGCUAAGUGUAAGUGCUGCGUGCUGCAGUAAUGACCGCGCGGCGGAGGCGGCGGGGACGCGCACGCGAGACGGGACCCUUCUCUGCCCUGUCGAGAGCGUGACUUCAGGAACGACGCAGCGCGACUUCCUCGGGAGGAAGCCUCGACGACCCGAAGAGUCGCCGCUCUGGGCAACUCGAAGCGUCGGGGAGAGAGGAGACGGCUCGAGACGUCGACGCGUCGACGAAGUAGCAGGACUCUCGGACGAUAGAAUCGUCUCGAAGAGGAUGCCGUUGAACGUUCCGAGCAUGAGGAAAGCGACGACGACAAGAUGGCGGCAGUAGUUCGUUUGGGACCUGAAGAAUGAAUUUGGAAAAUCACUUCUCGAAAAAGGAAAAUGUCUUUUCUCGCUUCGAGAUUGUGUCGACGAGGUUCAACCUGAAAAAUGAUUGGAAAGUGGUUGGAAAUGAAAAGAGUCUUUCAGCCACGAGAGAAUGUCACCACAUUGGAUCUCUGAGAAUCCAAAAUAUAGAUUCUUCGUGAGAUUUUGAAAAGACAGUUCGUAUCUUGUAAUCAUGAAGAAGUCUCAGCGAGAUGAGAAGAUGCGAUGGAAGAGAUAUUUCGAAGGAAACGAGAAGGCUAUUUCCGAACGCGCGAGGUAUCGGCGAAACGUUGAUGACAGAAGUGCAAAACGAUGACACGGGCGAAGAAUAAUCUCUGGCAGGUCGCUGACCCUCUUGUCAAGGAAGAUUGCACUCUCAGCAGGAUACUCUCUCGGCUUCCAAACGAGAGACAGGAUUUCGGGAUCCACGUGAUGAAACACGUGGGAUACGUCAGUGCGCGAAUGGAUAUUGAACCGCGUCUCGAGAUUGUGACGCGUUUAUGGAACGCGGAAGGAAGA